AUGUCUGGUAAGGGCUUCCAGGGUUUUAAACAACACGCAGAAGGGGAGGUCCAGGAUGCUGCAAAUGCACUGGGAAAGUCUGCACAGCACGUAGUGAACCAGGCUACAGAUGCGGGUCAGAAAGCUAUUGAUCAGGCUUGCAAGACUGUUCAAGAUGGUGUAGAAAAAACAACUGGACAAGCAUCAGAAGCCAUGUCUGGCGUUGGGAAAAAAAUUGGACUUAAGAAAUGA